GAGCCCUAGGAAAUUUGUACCGUUCUUACCCUCGUGGUACAGUGAAGGAAGCUUAGGCUAAUAGAGCCCCUCCUCCGCAGGUGCAGGCCUGGUGUACUCUUCUGUCUGGUCAGAGUGAAAGAGAACAAUGCAGAGGGACUCUGGCCCACUAGUACCUUUACAUUGGAUUGGCUUUGGCUAUGCAGCGCUGGUUGCUUCUGGUGGGAUCAUUGGCUAUGCAAAAGCAGGUAGUGUCCCCUCACUGGCUGCUGGGCUGCUUUUUGGUAGUUUAGCAGGCCUGGGUGCUUAUCAGCUGUCUCAGGAUCCGAGGAACAUCUGGGUAUUUCUAGCUACAUCUGGAACGUUAGCUGGCAUUAUGGGAAUGAGAUUCUACCACUCUGGAAAAUUUAUGCCUGCGGGCUUAAUCGCUGGUGCCAGUUUGCUGAUGGUCGCCAAACUUGGAAUUAGUGUGUUGAAUAGACCCCAUCAAUAGUAGUCAUGUCCCGCUUGGACUCAUGAAGAAUUUAAAAACUUCCACUAUUUUUAGUGUAUUAAGAGAAACAAGUGCAGCAUUUUCACAUAUUCUGACAUUUUACUUAACAAAACAGAACAAAAAUAACAUUGAACUUUCCAGAAGAAAUCAGUCAUUAUCAUUACAGCCUUAAAGAGGUGGGUGGUAUGUAACCCAUGAGCUUCUUACAUAUUCUCAUACAGUUUGAUUCUUGUACGUGAUGUUCUCUCUUCUUUCUGUAUCUAUGGGUAAAGUCUCAAGGGGUAAAAUGUUAGGUAUCAACAUUGAGGGCCUUGAAACCCCAUGCCCUACUCAGAACAGUGUGAAAAAAGUCUCUUAGGAACUUUAGGAUUUCUUUUCUUUGGCUUAUCCUAGAGCACAGACCUACUUUGAAAUUAUGUCAAAUGAAAUAUGAAAAUAAAGUUUACUGUAAGUAAUAUUU